AUGUCUUUCUCCGGCUUCUCCUUCAUCUUCUGGAGGAUCAUGCAGAUCAUCACCCUCAUCCCCGCGAUGGGCAUGUUGGCCUACUUUGUCGACAUCUACAACACCGCCAACCAGCUCACCCCUCGCUCCCUACUCAUCAUGUUCAUAAUACUCGUGCUGGCUGUGGUGUGGUGCGUAGGGACCUUGUUCCUGUACGCUCGCGCGAAGCACUCCGCAAACUUCGUCGCUUUCAUUGAUCUCCUCUUCGUUGGUGCGCUCAUCGGCGCUGUCUAUGAGAUGCGCUGGGUUUCCGAUACCGAUUGCGCCAGCGCCGACCGCGACGGCUCCUACGUCGCAGACCUUGGAAUUGCAAGAAUCGAUGUGAACAAGUACGAUUUCACCCUCAACAAGUCUUGCGCAAUGAUCAAGGCCACCUGGGCCUUCGCCAUCAUGAACAUCAUCUUUUUCUUCAUCACCUUCCUUUUCGCCCUCCUCGUCCACCGCAACUUCGGAAGCGGCGACCGCGUCGUCGUCAAGCGCGAGACUCACUACUCCCGCCACGGCCACCGCAGCAGCCACCGCUCUCGCAGCCCUCGUCACUCCUACUCCCACAGCCGACGAAGCUACGUAUAG